AGAUUUUUUAGAAAAAUGUCUUCCAGGACACAAGAUCUCCAAUAUUACAGAAUGGACUACCCGAAACGUGGCACAGCAGUAAUCAUCAACAACGAGACAUUCUUACGUUGUGAUCUCUCCGAUAGAGACGGGUCCGAAGUCGAUGCCGAGAGAAUGGAGAGGCUGUUCAAGUCCAUGGGCUUUGAAAAAAUACUGCGGAGGGAUAACCUGACAGCAGAUGAGAUAAGGAGAGAGCUUGAUGAAGGUAAGACCUGGCGUCUGUAACAAACAUGUUGGCCUGGAAUAGUCUUUGAAGUGACGCCACAAGAAUUCAUUACCUGAAAAAGUUACCCGGUAUUAUUAUUACAGCGGUCUUAUAUAGCGCGGUACCAUAGACUAGAGCUGGGCUCACCGCGCUGCAUAAAUUACCUAUGUGUAACCAGUAAAUCAAUAUCUUAACUAUUGUCGAAGCAAGAUGCUAAGUCUUAGUAUGUGGAGCUAAGGGCAAUACAGAGGCGUAGCGAGGGGAGGGCAGGGGGGCAGAUGUCCCCGGGCGCCAGCUAGUUAGGGGCGCCAAAAUGUGCUUUGAUAUUAUUUUAUUGAUCAAAAUAAUGGGCUUGAGAGUUGAAAAAAAAGAAAAAGGGGCGCUUUAAAAUGGAUCUUGUCCCCGGGAGCGAAUCUUGUCCCCGGGCGCCAAAUACCAUCGGUACGCCUCUGGGGCAAUAAGGGUUAUUUCCAUUUAAGGAAAAUACUUAAAAUAUUUAUUAUAUAUUUAUUGAAACACUAUGUUCAUUAUCCUUUAAAAAUUAGAGUUUAUCUAAUUUUAAUAAAUCAGAGGUUCUCAAAAUUACUAAUGGCACCCCAUGAGUUUAUCAAACUGCCAAUAGUGUAUCAAAAUGGUUAAGUUUAAGAACCACUUAUGAGGGGGGAAAAAUAACAGUUAACAGAGUGAACCUGUUUCUCGUGACAGUGUCAAGAGAAGACCAUUCCGAAAGCAGUUGCUUUGUGUGUGUGCUACUCUCCCAUGGUGAUCACGAGUACGUCUACGGGACAGAUGAGGGGAUAGAAGUCAGCGAGAUCUUCCAGCCUUUCAGGGGAAACAACUGUAGGUCACUCGUCGGAAAACCAAAGCUGUUUUUUAUACAGGUAGGCUAACACUUCAAAACACAAAGUUUCCAUUCUCGUUUUAACCGUUGAUAGUAUCGUUUUAACCGUUAAUAGUAUCGUUUUAACCAAAGCAAUUUAUUAAUUAAUAUGUAAAACCGUUUAAAAAUUUGUUUGUAGAGCGUUUUUAAAAUCAAAGUUCAGAUAUUUAAAAAAUACUUUAAGAAAAUAUAUAUUAAACACCGGUAUUUAAAUUUAAUAUGAGGCGCUGGGUCCUUAUUUCUAAUUCUCAUUUGGCUUCUUUUGCUCAAUCAUUUCUGGAAAAUCACAUUUUUUUUUUUUUUUUUUUUUUUUUUUGCCGAUGCAUCCACAAGAUGGCGGAUACAUCAGUCCAACCCGACAUUAAUUUGUUUAAGUUUAAGCAGUAGGCUAACCAAUUUUCUUUUAAAAUGGAACAUUUAUCCAAAAACUUUAAAGUUUAUUAAAACAGCUAGAAAGCCAGAUGAAUAUACUUUUUCAACGCUCUACUCUACACUGUACCUUAUUUUGUAUUUGUCCAAUUAAUGUUUGUUCAGGCCUGCAGGGGAGAAUUAGAUGAUGAUGGCGCGGAUGUGGUCGAUGCUGCUAUUAUGGAACCACGCGAUACCGUCGUCAGAAGAAUACCAUCAGAUGCUGACUUCUUCAUCGCGUACUCCGUUGUUCAAGGUAGACUACUGUAAUUAAUCUGGGUGGGAUACUGCAACGCAUAAUUUAUAUUAGUACUACCUAGUACUAGUACCGGUACCUAUCGUUCGUAAAUUACGUCACGUUCAGGGGGGAGGGGGUCGAGAAUUUGUGACACUUUGGGACAGGGGAAAGGGAAGUCAAAAAUUUGUUACGUCACGUUUUUUUUUGGUCUUUAAAAAAAAAAUCUAAAAUUUCCUAAUUUAAAAACAAAAUAUUUAUUCAAUUAUUUUUUUUUAAACUUUGCCUCGGGUGUUAUUAUAGGUACCCGAUACUAUGAAACUCAGUUUUCUAAUAAUACUAAUACUAUAUCAUAAUCCAUUAUGGGGAAAAUUUUAAAGUUAAAGAAUAAAAUAAAAUCUUAGUUUAUGAUUAUGGUAUGUAUGUUUUGAUUUUUUUUAAUGUGUAACAUGACACUGGGGGCGGGGAGGGUUAAAAGAAUCUGUGACACUUCGUGACAGGGGGAGGGGGUGUCUAAAAAAGUUCAUUUUUAGCGUGACGUAGUUUACCAAAGAUUCCUAUAUAGAUUAUUUAUACUCAAUACGGAUACCGGUACUAAGUGUAUGGUACCGGGUAAUUAUAAACUAAUAUUUUGAUUAUAAAUAUGAUAAUUGGAGAAGUAUGAGCUCGUUUUAUGUUCUUCAAGGGUUGAAUAUUUCUCCUUCCCUCUAUGAUGUAGGUUACGCCUCAUGGCGACACACAGAGCUCGGGUCAUGGUUCAUCCAAGCUGUCGUCAAAAUCUUCCAAGAAAACUGGAGACGCCUUGACCUACUGACCAUGAUGACGCGGGUCAACAGAAUGGUGGCCUAUGAGUUCGAGUCCAACACCGGGGAUGCCAAAUCUCAUCGAAAAAAGCAAAUGCCUUGCGUGACGUCAAUGCUGACUAAAGACGUUUAUUUUCUAGCUUAAGUUAAUGAAUGUUAUUUAGUCAGCUUAUUAAAAUACCAUAGGUGUAAAUUUGUACAUACCGUUAAACUAUUUCGUUCGAUCUCAUGUCAAGAUAAAAAUUAAAAUUAGUAUUAAAGAAUUCGCUAGUAACUUUGUUGAGGGCAAUCAGUUACCGUAUUGGAUGUUUAUAUUACAAUAAUCACAUCAAUUAUCAUUGACGGCUGUUUUUUUUUUUUUUUUUCUUCUGAGAAAUGUGAGGCCCCUUCACUUUUUGUGACUUCCACCAUAAUUGAAUAAUGUUACUUGUUCCUCCAAUUUUUUUAUUCUAAAACCAAUAACUUUGUUGAGGGCAAUCAGUUACCGUAUUGGAUGUUUAUAUUACAAUAAUCACAUCAGUUAUCAUUGACGGCUGUUUUUUUUUUUUUUUUCUUCUGAGAAAUGUGAGGCCCCUUCACUUUUAGUGACUUCCACCAUAAUUGAAUAAUGUUACUUGUUCCUCCAAUUUGUCUAUGCUAAAACCAACAUAAGUAAUGAAGCCAGGGGGGCAUUUAUUGCAAUGGCUGACGUACGGUACCCGACAUCAAAGUUAAUCUGGCGCUGCUGAUAUAUCCAAGUUAACAUGGUAUGGCUGAAGUUUCCAUGUUAAUAUGGUUGGGAGUCUCCAAAGUGACCUAAAAUGGCUGAACUCUCCACUAGCGUGGCUUAAACGUGGGCACCUCACGUUGGAAGCUGAAGGGUUUUUUAAUCUUCUCAUUAGAAUGAGAUUCUGGGCGAUGACUGAAACAUUUUAGCUGCAUUCAUAUUAACUAUUACCUUACUGGGUUAUUGAAUUUUUUUUAUGCCUAUCGUAGGUUUAAAAGCGGUCUUAAAAUGUCCCAGCAUGAUUGAAUCAUUUGUUGUAGUGCAGGGCGCAUUUACUAUAACUAUUUUGUACUAUUAGAAGAAAUCUUCCUCCAUCCAAUCAAAUGUACAGACUGGCAAAAUGUACCUACCUUAUUUAUUUAUUGGCAUAGAAUUUCUGUAUUAUUUUAGCAGGAAUUAAAAAGCUUCAUAAACCCCAUCUUAAAGUUUGCAUUCUGAUCUCGCUGAAGCCUAGAAAUCCUGAACGAUUAUUUUUCUUCUUGUGUGUUUGGACAACUGACUAAUUUUUAUCAAUGUCUGUGAG